AACAUCGUCUACGGGCAGCAGCAAGAAGCAGCAUUUGUUUACAUUUAUUUGUGCAAUAAUUAUGACCACCGGAGAGGGGGACGACGAUUCAGCGGCCCAGGGCAGUGGCAGUGGUGCUCAGUUAGCCUCUCUGCCCACCCAACUGAUGGACAUAUUCAAAUCACUGGCUGAAAAUGACAAAAUCAUCUUCAAGUCGCAGCAAAUCGAUGAUCCGGAACUGCCCUUUGCCGAAAAACAGCAAAUUGCUCAGCAAUCCUUUGAAAGUAAUCGCGAGCACUUUCUGAUACGCUUUGGCAGCUACCUAAAUGCCAGCCAAUUAAGCUUCUUCCAGUCGCUGGCCAUAGAGGAGCCCAUAAAGCCAGAGAUGUGCCUGCUGCUGGAGGACUUUCAGCGAAAGUUGAACACUCGCACAGUCUGUGUGAAGAAUCGUCGCCAUCAGGCGCUGCAGCAGCUCCUACAGAAGGGCGAGUACUUUGGCGAGCACGAGAUGAUGCAGCGGGCACCGGAACUGUAUCAGGAAUUGGUGGGUCAAUAUUUGACGGAACAGGAAAAGAAGGCGCGGGACAGCUAUGAUGUGAGGAACACGAGCUUCUCGGGCAUACUCAUGCACACGCUGGAGAAGAAGCAACGCGAUGAAUUGCUGGAGGGAGCACAGCAUGAGGAUGAUGAUGAAGAACCCAUGGCAGCUUGUUCCAGCAGUCGAAGUAUUGAGGCUCCAUCUAAGGCUCCAGCUCCUCCACAGCCAUCCCAAGAAGAGGAGGAGGAAGAUGGGCUGCCGCCUGUUGUUGCUGAGGAUUUUGAGGUGCCACCCGCUUGCCGCCGUCAAUGGGGUGAAUUCGAGGAUGAUGCACCCAUAGCCUGCUCCACCAGCCGCAGUGUGCCGACUCCAGCUGCAGUAAAAGUAACAAAAAUCUCCACUGCCGAGUACUACAAUCCCGGAGAGCGUGAGCUGCUGCGCAAUGAGUUUUUCAGCCUGAUGAAGGAACGCUUUCUCAGUGGCGAGGACAAAGACUUUGACUACACAGCCGUCGAUGAUGAUCCCACAUUGGAUGAUCUGAAACUCAUCGAACAGGACGAGGAGGAUGCCUAUUUCGAGACGAGCGAUGAAGAAGAGGAUGAGCAGCCAGAGGCAAAGCCAGCGACAUCCUCCAGCGAAGACGAACUGGAUGUUUAUAUGAGGCAUCUGAACAACCACCACAGUCUGCAGCAGCCUUAGUCUUUAAUUUUUAUCUCUUAACCAACUAGAAAUACAUGAAAAAUGUGAGUAAAUGUAG